UGAGCAAGAUAUGGCCAUCGCCGAGAUGACGGACUCGCCGGUUUUUCGUGCCAAGUUUAUCAAUGCAGUAGUGGACGUGCCCAUUUCAAUGUUGCUGCGACCCGGACCAUUGGGAUUGUUUGUCUGUGAAAAGCCACCAACUGUGCGGCUCAUCGGGCUUUCGGCAUCAUUUUCAUUUAUUGUGGACUUGUCGACUUUCAAUCUUGCUGAAAUUCUUGAUGACGGUUUAGGUUGGAAUUUGCCUCUGAUCUUUACUUUCAUUUUUCACCACUUCGAUUAUAAACUUAAAGGAGACUGAAU